CGAUUUCAUUCGGUGUUUGCAAGUGCGAUCGAGAGGUGCAAUUUUGUUUUCAAUUACUUUUCUUCAUUUUUCCCCGUGUUGGUGUUACUGAAGAGUGCUCCAAUGGUUCACGAGAGCUGUGAUAAUCGUAGCAAGUAAUCUCAGUUGUGUGUGCGAAUGACACUUUUGUUUGAGGUGCCGUGAAAAAUUUGACUGCCUUUCUCGUGUUUCUCCGGAGAAGAAAAGCCCAGGAAAAUGACUAAGUUGACUGAGGAGAUGGUCAUCGCGCGGUCCAGACAGUCUGACUUGUCCACAGUGAAGAAGCUCAACUGCUGGGGCAGCGAAUUGACCGACGUGACCAUCAUUCGUCGCAUGCGUGGCGUGGAGGUGUUGGCGCUCAGUGUGAAUAAAAUAAGUAGCUUGGCCGACUUUGAGAACUGCCAAAACUUGCAAGAACUCUACCUCAGACGGAACAAUAUAAAGGAUUUAUCAGAAUUGGCAUAUCUGCAGAGUUUGCCAAAUUUAAAGUAUCUCUGGCUGGAGGAGAAUCCAUGUGUAGAGCGAGCAGGUCCAAACUACCGCGCAAUCGUGCUGAGAACCUUGCCAAAUCUGCAGAAAUUGGACAAUAUCGAUGUGACUCCGGAGGAACUGGCGGAAGCCAGAAGGGGUUCUGUAAAGAGGGAUGAUGUCAUAUAUGAAGACUCUUCAUAUGCUGAACCGCCGCCCUCGCAGAAUCAACAGCAAUCGCAAUAUCGCCAGCAGAGUCCGAUGCGAGAGAAUCAGAGUCUCGAAAACACUGAGGAAUCCAUAAGUGAUCCAAUUGAUCGUAAUUCAAUUCCAUCGUCACCGAUUCAGAGGAGUCCAUCGAAUCAGGAACAGUAUUCACCGCCAGAGACAAAUCAACCACCUUCUCCGCGAUACCAGCGAGACCAUCGAGGCUCCUACCAUCAGUAUGACGUCUCAAUGAGAUCACCUGGAUCUGAUCAGGAGGCAUCUCCAGCCACUGGAUAUCGCGAACGUGUGCCAAUUGCGCCAUCAAUGUCGACGCAUUCAAUGAAGGAGUACUAUCAGUCUGACUACCAGAAGCCACAUCCGGCGUCCUAUCGCCACAGCCAGAUGGACCUGACCGAGUGGGACGAGCAACAGCAGCAGCAGCAUCACCAGGCGCCGCAUCCGAACCGCCGAAAUGGCGGUGGCGAUGCUCAGCGGGACUACGCUUACCGCAAUGGGAAUACGAAUCAGGAGUGGGACGACAACGCGGAGAUGCGUCGAAGGGAGCGUCGCUCCGAGGGCAGAUUCAAUGACAGCGCGAGUGUGGUUUCCAAUGCCGUUCUCAAUCACUACGCCAGUUACCAUCGGCGGCCAGUGAACAGGAAUGCCAACCUUCUUUCCGCCACCCUUUGCCUGGUGAAGGAGUUGGACUAUCCCAGUUUGGAGGUUGUUGAGCACGCUGUUCGGUGUCGAAUCGAUGAAUUGGCCACGGAUUGAGAAUGAAUCGAGUUUCCUUAUUUUUUCUAACAAACUUCUCUUGAAAUGUUUCAUUCCGACAAGCAGACUUUUCCCACUGAGAGUGGGAGUAAUUGCAUCUGGAGGAGCGAGAUAAAACGCUCUGAUGGUGACCAAGAAAGAGAAAAAAUUGCCAAUAAGAAAUUGCGCGCCCCUUUUUCUUCUCCUUUUUGGGUUUUCUGGCAAAUAUGAUAUUUUCAAUUUAACACGUUUAGAGUUGGCGUGAAAAAUGACUUAAGAGGAAAAUGAAAUGAAUUUGAAUGUAAAAGGGAUUUUUUCCAUGUAAUAAUCCAUACUAAAACGUGCAAUUUAUCACAUUUUACUACUUGUAAUAUUGCGUAGAGAGCAAAAUGAAUCAUGCAUAUUGGGAGAGCGAUGUGAGGAGGAAUUUUUGUAAAUUGCAUAUAAUAGAGAGCUGUCUGCAGAGACGCUAAAAAUGAAGAGUAUAAAACAUAUUUUAAUAAUACUAGAUGAGUGAGAGGGAAUUUUUUGUACUUUACUGAUUUUUUUUGUGUUGCCUCCGAAGUGACUUAAAAGUGAUGUGCAAAGCGUCAUGGAUUUUUUUUACCAACUGAGAGAUAACUCGAAGUGAAAUGAUAUUAUUCUUUCACGCGACAAUUUUUGCAAUGCCUGAAAAUUAUUUGCGUUGAAAGAUGAAGUCUUAGAAAAGCACAGGGAAGAGAGACAAUCUUCUCCAUAAGAAAUUGUUGAAUAGUGAAUGGCAACAUUAGCUCUGUUGUUUGUUACAAAAUGAGGUUUUGAGAUGCAAUCAUCCCGAGUUCUGCUGAUUAACACAACAUCAGUUUGACCAUGAUAUUGUUGAAUAACAUUUUCGUCCAUAAUAAUGGCUUUUUAGCAUGAAUUAGAAGUGAUUCACACCAGAAUUUCUCCCUUCUUUGGAAUGUUGCGUUCUUUCCUUGCGCGUUUUUGCCCACAAGAAGAUGCAAUGAAAUAUAUUAUGAAUUAUAAACAAGAUUGUAAAACAAAAGAGUCGAGAGGGCUAAAAAAAAUAAAACCAAUUGAGACUAA